UGAGGGCUUGACCGGGAAUUUUUGGGGGUCCCUGAGGGGAAUUUUGGUGUCUUGGGCAUGGCCGAAUCCUCUGAGAGAAAUUUUGGGGUGAAUUUGGGUAAAUUUGGGCGGUUUUGGGGGGUUUUUGAAGCAGUGGGCGUGUCCUGAAGCGAAAGCGAAAGCGAUGGCGGGAGUGCGGCUCGACCUGGCGGCUCUGCUGCUGAUUUGGGGAGGGGUCGCUGUUUUUGGGGUGCCCCCCCCCCGCACCCUGCGCUGCCUCCUGCUGGACGAGAGGGGCUCCCCCUCCCCCCACCCCGCCCUGCUGAGGAUUUUGGGGGGUCCCGAGACCCCCGAGACCCCCCGGGACAACCCCGAGUUCACCUUUGACGUCACCGACCCCUUGGGUUUCCUGAAGGAUUUUUGGGGUCCCUCCCGCUGCGAGCUGAGCCCCACGGCCCCUCUGCCACCACCCCCCGGCCCCGGGAUGUCCCCAAAGUGUCCCCAAGGCCAGCGCUGGUGGCUCCUGGCCCUGGGGACCCCCGAGGGGGCGGGGACGGCGCUGCUGCGGCAGUGGGGGAGGGGAGAGCCCCGAGACCCCCCCCGGCUCGACGUCUCCCUGUUCAUCUCCACGCUGACCCCCAACAUCCGCGGCCUCCUGGGGACCCCCCAGAGCCUCCACUGCGCCUUCGCCCCCUCCGAGGGUCCCUUCGGCCUCCAGUGGCUUCACCAGAGCCGGGGCCACACCCGGCACCUCCUGACCUUCGACUCCGCCACCUCCCGCGUCACCGGCGCCGCCCCGGGGGUCCUGCUGUUCCUGGGGGACCGGGACCACCCCCCUGAUUUGGGGGACACCCAGCCACCAGGGGGCACCCUGGAGGUGUCGCUGCAGCUGCCGUCGCUCUCGGUGCCCGAUGAUGGCUCUUUCGUCUGCUCCGUGACCACGCCCCUGGGGCAGGUGCAGCAGGUGCUGCGGAUGAACGUCAUUGCCCCUCCUCGUGUGUCCCUGGCUCCGGCCGCGCUGUUCCCGGGGGUCCCGGCCGAGCUCCGCUGCGACGCUGUCGGAUUCUUCCCUCCGGACGUGGAGAUCCGCUGGGAACGGCGGCGCCGGGAGCGGCUCCAGGAGGAACCGGUGGAGCUCACCCAGAGCUCCAAACACCGGGAGCGGCUCCAGGAGGUACCGGUGGAGCUCACCCAGAGCUCCAAACACCGGGAACAGCUCCAGGAGGAACCGGUGGAGCUCACCCAGAGCUCCAAACACUGGGAACAGCUCCAGGAGGUACCGGUGGAGCUCUGGGUGAGCUCCAAACACCAGGAACAGCUCCUGGAGGUACCGGUGGAGCUCAGCCAGAGCUCCAAACACCAGGAACAGCUCCUGGAGGAACCGGUGGAGCUCACCCAGAGCUCCAAACACCAGGAACAGCUCCUGGAGGAACCGGUGGAGCUCACCCAGAGCUCCAAACACCGGGAACAGCUCCAGGAGGAACCGGUGGAGCUCACCCAGAGCUCCAAACACCGGGAGCGGCUCCAGGAGGAACCGGUGGAGCUCACCAGGAGCUCCAAACACCAGGAACAGCUCCAGGAGGAACCGGUGGAGCUCACCAGGAGCUCCAAACACCAGGAACAGCUCCUGGAGGAACCGGUGGAGCUCACCUGGAGCUCCAAACACCAGGAACAGCUCCUGGAGGAACCGGUGGAGCUCACCUGGAGCUCCAAACACCAGGAACAGCUCCUGGAGGUACCGGUGGAGCUCACCUGGAGCUCCGGGCACCGGCGGGCGGCCGAUGGGACCUUCAGCCGCGGGGCCGGGCUGCGGGUGACGGCUGCAGAGCUCGGGGACGUCUACAGCUGCCUGGUGACACACCCGGCCUGGGCAACACCGAGGAGGUUCAGCGUGGCUGUGAUGGCCACCCCCGGGCCCAGCGUGGAGGACACGGCGGGGAUGGCCUUGGUGGCCUUCGUCAUCGCGGGGCUCUGCCUGCGCCUGUGGCCGGCCCCGGUGUGGGGACACUGAUGGUGGCGGGAGUUGUUCCGGUGCCGUUAUUAAUGUUAAUUUUUAUUAAUGUUAAUUUUUAUUAAUUAAUGAUUUAAAAAUUGAUUAAUUGGAUUCGCCAGAAGCCUCGGCGCCAUCUUUAAUACAGGCAGGUUGUGCCCUCUUUUCCCGCUCGAAAUCUCGCGAGGUUUCGCCCGAAGUCUCGCCGUCAUCUUUAGUACGGGCGGGUUGUGCCCUUCUUUCCCCGCGCGAAAUCUCGCGAGGUUUCGCCCGAAGCCGCGCCGCCAUCUUUAGUACGGGCAGGCUUUGCCCUUAAGUAGCGUCCCCUUCUUUUCCCGCGCGAAAUCUCGCGAGGUCUCGCUCGAAGCCGCGCCGCCAUCUUUACUCCGGGCGGAUUUUGCCCUUAAGCCACGCCCUCACUUCCCGCGGGAUCUCGCGAGAUCUCGCCUUGCCACGUUCCCGGGCUUUUGGAGGUACCGGAACGACCCCGGGAGGGACCCCGCGGAUUUUGGGGCGAUUUCGGGGGUUUUGAGAGGGUUUU